CACACAUCACGCCAUCAACAGACCGGUAUUUUCAGCAUCUAACCAUUGUCAAAAGCAGUCCCAGUUCCCAAGAAAGAUGAUCCAGCCCUCUUUGGUUAUAUGCCGCAGGUGAUAGCAUCCACGCCACCGCUUCAGAUCAAGGUCAGCCGCGGGGAACGGGACUUGGUAUUUCUUGGGGAGGAUUGCACGCAUCUCGAUCCUGUUUCGUUGUUCUUUCCUAAGCUCAAGACCGGCGCGUAUAUUCAUCAAGAUAAGACUCGUGAAUAUUAUUGGAUCAGCUGCGACAGUGCCGGGUAUUACGUGAAGUCCUCACAAACGUCUGUCGGAUCGAGGCAGAAGGGAUCGUAUGAACUUUACAGCUGAUGUUUUGUCCAUUUGUCUUGAGCAAGUGGUUCGAUUCUACCUCUCCUCUAUUCUCACACUUCUCCAAAGCAGAAUUAUCGUCCUCGUCAUGGACUUAGUUGAGGGUGUCAGUCUGAGAAGCCUUGCUAGCUCUAUUCAAGAGUCGGCAAACACUCUCCAAGCGCUGCUUGAUCAACACAACUUACCGCAACCAACAUUCUCUCCUGGUGGCCGAAGUGACUGGGUAGAUUCCCAAUGUCAACCAUCUAUCCUGGCAGCUCGAUCAAAACUUAUCGACACAUCGCAAACUCUUCUCAAUUUCGUACUGGGGCCAUCUGAUAUUCUGGCAGCAUAUGCCGGACCCCGUGUGACAGAGAUCGAAGUACUGCGUACCAUGGAUACCCUGAACGUUGCUGCCGUAGUGCCUCUGGAUACGGGAAGCUCGGUUUGCGAGGUAGCUCGGAAGGUUGGCGUGAAGAACAUGCCCGCUUUCGAGAAACAACUCCGGUUUGCGUACCUGAUGGGUCUCUUCAGACAAGGUGACGGCGGAAUGAUAUACCAUACUGCACUCAGUGCCGAGUUGCCGAACUCAAGAGCAUGGGUUGGACUGAGAUUGAGCAAACUGUUCAAUCAGGGCUGCUAUGAUAUUGCAACUGCGCUAUGUACCGAAGUAUUGAAUGGAACGCCAGUGAUGCCAUGUGCUUUAGCGGAUCCGAAAAGAAAGGGUAGAAGCUGCUACGAGCAACUCGAAGACGACGUAGAGGGGAAAGGGAUGGAAGUGUUCAGUCAAGGAAUGGUCGAUCUGUUUUCUUUACAUUCCGGUGGUUCAAGCUUACCCUUUCUCCGUGGGUUUGAUUGGGAGUCCUUGAGCGAGGGCGCCGUGGUCGUGGAUAUUGGUGGUGGCAACGGUCACAUUGAAGCUGAAAUUGCGCCAUUCUUACCUAAAGUAUUAUUUGAGAUCCAGGAUCAGCCAUCAAACCAGGAGGCUGCCCAACGACUGACAUUGGCUCAUGGACUGGACGAGCGGGUGCACUUCCAGGCUCAUGAUUUCUUUUCAUUACAGCCUGAGCGACCUAAAUACGGACAGCCUGCCGUAUAUCUCUUGAUUCGAGUGUUGCAAGAUUGGCGUGACGCUGAUUGUGUGAGUAUCUUGAGACCUCUAAUUCCAGCCAUGGAAAAGUUUGGAACCAAGCUUUGGAUUAUGAAUCGAGUGUUACCGGAUGAUGUGGAUACGAUGCCAAUUCACAAAGAGAAAAUGCUGCGUAGUUUGGACCUUCUUGUUUUCACACUUUCGGGGGGUGGGGAACGAAGCGUUCUUGAAUUUGAGAGACUUUUUGCUUUGGUGGAUUCGAGGUUGAAGAUUCAAAAAUCCGUGAGACCUCUUAACUCACUCUUCUCUUUCAUCGAGGCUGUACUGGUAUGAUCAGCUCGGCUUCCGAGAAAUUCGCUGUCAUAACUAUUAUCUUAUUGGAAAUCAAUAUUCUUAGCCUUUCCCAUGAAGAAGUCUUGCGAGAAUAUUACAAUAAUAUUUAGAUAAGUUCAAAUUUUUAAAAAGGAAAAAAUGCCCUGAACGCAUAGACUUCUGCCCCCUAAUUUGUUACCACGGCUCACCUCUUGCUCAUUCAGCCUAGCUCACGCAGCGAUGGCUCAGGUCCAAAGACGGAAAUAGAAGU